AUGGCUACGGCUGAGCACAAAGCAAAGCGUCCACAUCUUCCCAGGCCUUCACGAUGCUGUUGUGAAGUAAAGAAUGAUCACAGAAAAGCAAAGAAAAACAAAGAGCCAGCCAUUCCUCAGAAGGUAACUAAGGUUAAAGAGUCUAAAAAGUAUGGAAAAAGAAAAGCAGACCUCAAAACAAGUGCACCUAAUUUUUGCCCAGGGACGUCUCCAGCCUUCGAUCCAUAUCAAACUACGUCCAAGCGCGAAUUUAUUUAUCGACCAGGUUCUGUGCCCGAACGUAUUCGUCCUGGGUCAUCAAAUGGGUAUACUUUCCCAUUUCAGCUCCACGAGCCGAUUGGCGACACUUCUUACACAAAUGACUAUCCCUGGAUAGAUUGUUCCAACCAACAGCCCAUGCGAAGUGGAACGUCUCCAGGAUGCAGGGGAAAUGCUAUUCAGCAAUGCAAAUGUUGGCUGCUGUGGAAACUACUCAUGAAGGAUCCAGAGGCCUACCAUAGAGUCAAGGCAUGUUUCCUGAAAUCAAUGUCUUCUGAAGAUAUGGGUAAAGUAAGAGCAUGCCAGUUUGAUACAAUAUAUCGGCAAGAUUACCUGGGGAUACAGCAAGAGUCCAUGAAAUGUCCCCCUUGUCUGCCCAAUAUAUACAGACCAGAUCAGCCAAGUUGUUCUCUCACAAAUAACCAAUAUCAUGAUCGAAAACGAAUUCAAAAACCUGAUCUCGCUGUGUGCACCAGUCGAUAUGGCAGUAAUAAACGCGGGGACAUUACGGCAAAAGGAAUAGUGCCCAGUGUGACUCAAGCACACAUCAGAAACCAGGAAAAUAAGAAACAGCUGACAACGUAUGACAGAGAGUACGGAAACUUUAAUAUGGAAUUUGCCAAAAUAUUGAAGUCCCUGGAACCUAAAGCAAUCCAAAGCUACCUGUCAUCACUUUCAAUUAAAGACCAGGAAGUGGUGUUGCAAUUUUUAGAUAAUAUGGCUUCAGGAAGUGAAACAAACUGA